AUGGUUGAAUGUGGUUAGAUAUACGGAAACGAGAACGUUGAACCAAAAGUUGCUAAAAUGUUUGUCAAACUUCAGCGUGCUAUUACUCGAGAAAUCGGAAUUCGAUAUAAGUUAGCUGAGAUUCGUGGAAUGAUGGAACUGGUUAUCCAGGCAUCUGAAAUCAAUUCAGGAACGAUUGUUCGUGACCAAGCCAAUGAAGAGGUAUUUGGUGAAGCUGUAGUAAUGCCAAUACCGUUUGUGAUUGAGGGUAAUAAUGAUAAUUAG